UCAAGUUAAGCAUCAGACGUCGAGACUGUCGAAGCUAUUAAAAACCCUCUGUCUUCCAUGCUUAUGGUGUUUUUACUUCUGCACACAUAUCUUCAAAGACGAAAAUUGCGAUCACCGCCGCACAUUACUCAAGAAUGAGAAAGGACACAAUCAAGAAGAAACAGGAUACUUUUUUGAUCGAGGAGAUUCCAAAAUCGCCAGCAAUUUUUCGAAAAUUCGAACAAGCAAAAGUGAUUCUGCAUGGCAAAUCUGCUGGAUUUCCAGUACACAAAUUUCAAAGCGGACCAAUCGAACGAGGCGUACUUGUAGAAAGCGUAAAAGCAAACGUUUUCAAACAUUUAAAAGAGGUACGGCUCUAUUAAGGUGUAACGAGGGCACGUUUCGCGUGCGCAAAAUAUAUGGAGAUGGCAAUUGCAUGUUUAGAGCGAUCAGCUACAUUUUAUGGCGAAACGAGGAAGAGCACCAAUCGCUCCGAGCAACGGUUGUGCAGCAUAUUAAAGACAAUUGGCGCGAGUAUGGCUCGUUCGUGAUGGCUGAGUGGAACAUUUCGGAUUCUCAAGAGUACUACGAUUACAUGAGCCCAGUGGGCACAUUCGCCAGCGAGCUGGAAUGUACAGUGGCAACGAAGCUCCAUCGUAUGAAUCUUUCGAUCUAUCGCGAACUCCAUGGCAGAUACGAGCUCAAGCUGGUCUUCCACAACCGCGUAAGCAUCAACUACGAAACUGCAAGACUCCUAUUUACCGGAUGCUCCGAAAAUGGUCAUUACGACGUUCUGUUACCCGAUUCAAUGUCAAAUCUUUAUACAAGCGACCAAAUACAUGAGUAAAAAUAUAAAAUAUAAAAUAAUUUUCACAAUUACAAAAAA